AUGUCAAAUAGAAGACCAAGCUAUGAAGAAUCACGACUACAAAGAAGAAGAACAAUUCAAACUACAUUAGCUGGAGUAGAAGCUGAAACAGUUGCUGAUGCAUUACCAGAAGGUUUUAAAGGUGAAGGUUAUGAAGAAAAACCCAAAAUUCCUAAAAUUAUAUCAAAAUAUAAACAAUAUGCACCAAUACUACUAAACAUUAUACAUGGUUCAAUAUGGGGGGUUUUAGUUAGAAAAGGGUUAAUGCAAUUGACAACAUAUGAAGGUGCUUAUUUAUCUGGUGUAAUAUGGGCUAAUUUUACUGCUUGUUUAAUAAUGGGUUUAGCAAUUGAUAGUGAUAUUAUAUGGUUGAAAUUAUUGGAUAAUCAAAUUUUUCCAAAUAAAGGAGCUAUUCCAGUGUAUACUGGUAUAACAACUGGGUUUUGUGGUACUGUAUCAUCUUUUUCAACAGUUAUACUAGACGCUUUCAAUAAGUCUGCAGAUACUCAAAUUGGUGAAUAUUAUAAUUAUCCUAAUGCAGCUUAUGGAAUUAUGGAAUUUUUAGCUGUUAUUUUAGCUGAAUUUGGAUUAUCUGUUAUGGGUUUUCAUAUGGGUAAACAUUUAGGAACAUUAAUUGAUAAUUAUUUACCAUCAAUAAAUUAUAAAACUUAUAAAAUAAUAGAAAAAAUAUCAAUGAUUUUAGGACUUUGUUUAGUAAUUAUAACUUGUGUAUUAUUAGGUACUAAACCUCAAGGAUCAUGGAGAAAUUGGACUUUUUCAAUGUUUUUCGCUCCAUUUGGUGCAAUAUUAAGAUUUUAUUUAUCAAAAUAUUUAAAUACUAAAAUAAAAAAUUUUCCUAUAGGUACUUUCACAGCUAAUGUAAUAGGUACAUUGUUAUUAGCUAUUUUUACAUUAAUUGGAAGAGGGAAAUUACCUAAUGGUGGUCAAAUAAAUAAACAUAUAAUGGGAUGUCAUAUAUUAAUAGGAUUAGAUGAUGGAUUUUGUGGUGCUUUAACUACUGUUAGUACUUUUGUUGCUGAAUUAUUUGGUUUGAAGACUUUACAUAGUUAUAGAUAUGGAACAGUAUCUAUUUUAAUUAGUUUUAGUUUGGUUAUAAUUAUAUUAGGUUCAUAUAAUGGGACUAUUGGAUUAACUGAUCCUGUAUGUUAA